UUCGUGACGUCACACGAACAGUUUUUGUUUGUCGUUAAUUCGUGAAUCAUCUGCAAAAAAACCUCGUAGUAAAUAAUUAGAAACAAUUCAGUGCAAGAAGGAGCAGCUACACAAUGUUCUCCAGCGGACCCAAUUAUAAUAAACUAAAGACAAAUCUGCGUUUGGCGCAGAAUCGUCUCAAGUUGCUCGAGAAAAAGAAAUCGGAGCUGGCACAAAAGUCACGAAAGGAGAUCGCAGAUUAUCUUUCCACAGGCAAAACGGAGCGUGCGAGGAUUCGUGUUGAGCACAUCAUAAGGGAAGAUUACCUCGUGGAGGCCAUGGAAAUCGUGGAAAUGUAUUGCGAUCUGUUGCUGGCUCGCUUCGGACUCAUUCAGCAAAUGAAAGAACUGGACGCUGGCAUCGCUGAGCCCGUGUCCAGUCUGGUAUGGGUGUGUCCCCGUCUUCAAAGCGACAUUGCCGAGCUGAAAGUAAUCUCGGACAUCUUUAUACACAAGUAUGGACCACAAUUUGCAGAGCAUUCACGCACUGCGACUGGUGAUCAUUAUGUGUCCGAGAAGCUUAUGCACAAGCUCACACUGCAGGCGCCACCCAAGCUGCUGGUGGAGAACUAUUUGAUUGCCAUUGCCAAGAACUACAACAUUGAAUUCGAGCCAGAUCCACAGGUGAUGCAGGAGGAAAAGCCCGAUCAGCAGGCACAUCUCAUUGAUUUGUCUGAUCGCAAUAACCUCAGUGGAGGACCGGGUGGAGCUCCACCUGGGCCACCACAAAUGGGUUUCAUUGGCUAUCCGGCCAUGCCGCAUUUGCCCGAGAUGCCAGCGCCGCCCACUAGCAAACCCUUUAAUUAUCCACCCUUUGGAGGUGGUGGCGGAGGAGGAGGUGGCGGAGCAGCCGCCUGUGCGGGCCCAGCUCCUGUGCAACCGCCGCCGCCGUUUGCCUACAACAUACCGCCAAAUCAGCCGUCAUCGUCGUCAACGCCAUCACAGAGCAAGUGCGCCGAGGAAAAGGAUUUGAAUACGAAUUUCAUUAACCACGAAACUCAGGAGCCCGAUGGCUCUGGCAGCCCGGACGAAAAUAUUUUGCGCCCCAAACCGCACGAUCCGCCGCCACGUUACUCCUCGAUUAAUCCUGCUAACUUUCAGAAUGCCAAUAAACCGAAACCACAACCACGCUCCAAGCUGCCGCCUGGUGCUGGAGCUGGUGAGCAGCCCAGCGCACCGCCGCCAUCGAUGGAUCUGCCAACGCUCCCAAAUGUGCCCAAUGAUUUGCCCGAUGUUCCGGGCAGUGGCAGUGGAAAGAAGGAGGAUGAUGACGAGAUCGAUUUCGAUGAGCUGUCGCGUCGCUUCGAGAAUCUCAAGAAACGCAAGUGAAGAGUGAACGAUGUAUCUUGCUUCCUGGGGCUCAAUCGACAAUUUUUUAUCUUUAUGCAUUCGGCGUGUUAAAUAACAAGUAUCCGGUUUUUAUAUAUAACAUACAUAUGUACUAUUAAAUGUAAUCACAUGUUAGAAAA